AUGAGCUACGGUUUCAUUCCGCUGAAUUCCUUUGGCAAGCUUUUGUUGUUGCUGCAGGAAGAGCCGAGAGGAUCAUCUUUAUGGAAAACAACCACAAACAGGGCAACAAAAACAAAAAAAGGACGCAGAAAUCAUAAAGUGGUUUUGAACAAGUUAAAAAAGCGCAUAGGGGGGAAAAAAGAAAGAAAAAGCUUCGAACACAAUCUCAUUCAUAGUGUGCCGAGCAAACAACAGGAUAGGAUGGGAUGGGUCCUGGGAUCAGGACAGCCCGUUCGCCUUGGAAGGGGCAAGAAGGCAAGCAGGGAAAAAGCAGGAAAGCCAGAAAGCAAGUCUCAGCAGCAGGACGGCCAAUAG